CACGGCCGACGCGGCCUUCUAGGCCCUGAGGAGGGCUAGCGCAGAGCCUCUCGGAAACCCUCGUGCGGCCUCGGACCAAUUCGGACCGACUCGGCUCCGCGCUUCGGACCACUUCGGCCCCCCUCGUUUCCGGACUCUAGGCCUCGGCUUGGCUGGACUCGACCGGGCCGCUUCGUGCCGGUUCGGGCCCUGUUCGGGCGGCCCCGGCUCGGCUUGGCGGCCGGCUUCGGGCGGGCUCGGCUCAGCUCGGCUCGGUUCGGGCAGCCCUCCUCGGUCAAGCUCGGCCCGUCUCGGCCCGGCUCGGGCGGCCUGCUCGGGCGGCGCGCUUCGGGCUCCGUCCCGGCCUUCGGGCGGCCCCGGCCGGCGCCUUCGGGCGGGCUCGGCGGAGUCCGGAUGGAGGACUCGGACUCGGCCGCCAAGCAGCUGGGCCUGGCCGAGGCGGCGGCGGUGGCGGCCGCGGCCGCUGUGGCGGCGGCGGCCGCGGCCGCGGCGGGAAGCGAGGCGGAGGAGCCCGUGCUCAGCAGGGACGAGGACUCGGAGGAGGACGGAGACUCGGAGGCGGAGCGCGAGACGCGGCGGGUGACGGCCGUGGCGGUGAUGGCCGCCGAGCCCGGGCACAUGGACAUGGGCGCCGAGGCCCUGCCUGGCCCCGACGAGGCCGCCGCGGCCGCCGCCUUCGCAGAGGUGACCACCGUGACAGUGGCCAACGUGGGCGCCUCGGCGGACAAUGUCUUCACCACGUCGGUGGCGAACGCCGCCUCGCUCUCGGGCCACGUGCUGUCGGGCAGGACAGCCCUUCAGAUCGGGGACAGUCUGAACACCGAGAAGGCCACGCUGAUCGUCGUGCACACGGACGGGAGCAUCGUGGAGACCGCCGGGCUGAAGGCACCCACUGCCCCUCUCACCCCCGGCCCUCAGUCUCCUCCGACUCCUUUGGCUCCCGGCCAAGAGAAAGGUGGAACUAAGUACAACUGGGACCCAUCGGUGUACGACAGUGAGCUGCCUGUGCGCUGUCGGAACAUCAGUGGCACCUUGUAUAAGAGCAGGCUCGGCUCAGGAGGCCGGGGGCGCUGCAUUAAGCAGGGGGAGAACUGGUACAGUCCUACCGAGUUUGAAGCCAUGGCAGGAAGGGCCAGCAGCAAAGACUGGAAGAGAAGCAUCCGCUAUGCGGGGCGGCCGCUGCAGUGCCUCAUCCAGGAUGGGAUCCUAAACCCUCAUGCCGCCUCCUGCACCUGUGCCGCCUGCUGUGAUGACAUGACCCUGAGCGGGCCCGUCAGGCUCUUCGUCCCCUACAAGAGGCGCAAGAAGGAGAGCGAGCUGCCCGCCACACCCGUCAAGAAGGAUGCCCCCAAGAACAUCACCCUGCUUCCCGCCGCAGCCGCCACCACCUUCACCGUGACCCCCUCAGGACAGAUCACUACCUCUGGCGCGCUGACCUUCGACCGGGCGUCCACCGUGGAGGCCACUGCGGUCAUCUCGGAGAGUCCGGCCCAGGGCGACGUCUUUGCGGGAGCCACAGUACAAGAAGCAGGCGUGCAGCCCCCAUGCAGGGUCGGCCACCCGGAGCCCCACUACCCAGGGUAUCAGGACAGCUGUCAGAUCGCACCGUUUCCGGAGGCCGCGUUGCCAACAUCUCAUCCCAAAAUAGUGUUGACAUCCUUGCCCGCCCUGGCGGUGCCUCCCUCCACCCCCACCAAAGCCGUGUCUCCCGCUGUGGUCAGCGGGCUGGAGAUGUCGGAACAGCGGAGCUGGCUGUACCUGGAGGAGAUGGUCAAUUCCUUGCUCAGCACCGCGCAGCAGCUGAAGACGUUGUUUGAACAGGCCAAGCAGGCCAGCUCCUACCGAGAAGCCGCCGCGGCCCAGGCCAGAGUCCAGGCGGAUGCAGAGCGGAAAGAGCAGUUCUGUGUCAACUGCGGCCGGGAGGCCCUGAGCGAGUGCACCGGCUGCCACAAGGUCAACUACUGCUCCACCUUCUGCCAGCGCAAGAUCCCAGGGAGGAAGCAGCAGGAUCAGAGCAUGGACGUGUCUCAAGGGUCAUCCUGGGACUGGAAGGACCACCAGCACAUGUGUGGUCAGUCGGCAGCUGUCACCGUGCAGGGGGAUGACGUCCAUGUCGCUGAGGGUGUGAUCGAGAAGGUCACCGUGUGAGGGCUCGCGGGGCCUCUGUGGCCAGGACGGAGCCCUGAGGACGGGGGCCACUGAGGACGAGGAGGAAGUUGCUGGCCAGGUUACGAGCGGACGUCGCAUGACCGGCACCCGGGCAGCGCGCUCCUGCCGCCAGGCCCCGAAGCGGGCGGGCGGGCGGCCGGUGGACGCGGCCUGGGCCCUCAAUGCCGCUCGCGGUGCUCUUUUUAUCCCUUGGAUGGUGAGCAUCCGGUCUUCCCUACGGGUGUGUCGUGUUCCGUAACACGCGUGUACAUACGUGUGUCUGUCAGUAAAGUUGGCGGCCCUGCCCCAUGCGGA